GCGUGUAAAGUGGUCAAUCGCGGAUGACUAAGCAUGUCGUGUACAAACAAAAUAAACGAAGGCUUGCAUGGAUACGCGAUCCGCCCAGCGCGUUGAUUGAUUGCACAGGACAGGCCCUAGACGCGCCUUCAUCAAUAUGCACUAGCAGCAUCUCGAUCUGACAAGUACCAGGCAGUAACUGAUUGAUGGUGGUAUUGGUUUGAUACUGCUAUUCUUCCAGGCCUUGCCUCCCCCCCGGCGCCUGUAUAUGACCUUCAUCUUCAACCUCGCUGUCCGACCCUCGCCGACCUCGCGGAGCCUUCAAAGGGCAGCGCACAUUGCCCAUGUCCACUCGACUCGCCCGUCUUUCGACCCGAUGUUUGCAAAGGCUCACAAGACCUUCAAGGCCAAUGAACCCCCCGGUCGCAAUGCCCUAGCCAAGCAGCUGUUCCCGUCCAGCAGCCCUGCGGCUCCCGUGACCGACAUUCGGGAUCAGCUCAAGAAGCCCGUGGCCAAUGCUAACAGCGUUUCUGCCUCUGCUUCGUCGGCGAGGACAGCCCCGUUUUCGAAACCUCUGCAGGACCGAUCAUCGGGCCUCAUUCAACAGCAACGGUCCAUGACAACCUCAAGCAGCACCGCUACGGGAUCGCUGGCGACUCUCUACACCAAUUCGGAUUCGUUCAAGGACGUCGAUGUCGUUGACCUUACUGGGCCCGACACAAAGACAAAAGCAAAGAUUCAAGAAGUUUAUUUUGAAGAAGAUGAUUUCAGCGACGAUGCAGACCUCGAUCUUGAUUUCAAGCCCCCCUCUGGGGUUCCCAUUCUCCCCGACCCAAAGCCAAAGCCGAUAGAAGAAGAUAUCCUCCCUCCGUCUUCUGCUGCAUUCCCGCCAGCGACUCAACCACUAGACUGGUCCUCUUCUCCCACAUCACAUUACUUCCCACCUCAACCUCAAAAGACAGCUGCUUCUUUGAAGCGUGAUUCAUCUGGAGAGAGUGAGAUGACGGGAUUGCCCGCACCAAAGAAAAAGCGAGUGUUGCCGGCAAGCUUCCGCUCAGAAUCCAGCGACAGCCAAAGCCAGGAUGCUCCGGUUGCUGCGAUUGCCCCGCCUACAAAGCCACCACGCAUGUGGGACGCUCCCGUCAGUGCCAUUAACGAGCAAAAGAAACAGUUCAAGAUUCAACAGGCAACCCGGUCAGAAUCUCAAGGGCUAGACGAACAACCGCCCCAAUUUGGUAAAUCCCACGAUGGGGCCAAAGGCGAUGCCAUCCAUCUGAGUAAGGAACAGGAGCAUGUGCUCGACCUUGUAGUGAACCAGGGGAAAAGUGUGUUUUUCACAGGCCCAGCAGGAACUGGAAAAUCCGUCUUAAUGAGGGCCAUCAUCAACCAGCUCAGAACCAAGUAUGCUCGAGAUCGCGAGCGGGUGGCUGUGACAGCCUCGACUGGUCUUGCGGCGUGUAACAUUGGGGGGAUUACGCUUCACAGUUUCUCGGGUAGGCCAUACAUUGACACUGCCACAGGCCUAACGCCCGUCGGUUGAUGUUUACUCAGAGACACAAACGUAACUAAUCUUUUGGGGAUAGGUAUUGGCCUUGGAAAGGAAGACGCAGCUACUCUUGUC